CUUCCCGUCACCCGGACCAGUAAUCAUUCUUCUACCCAGCUAUACCAAAGCAUCAUUUAUGAAUAAUCAGUCUGACCAUAACCCGAUCAAGUCGUCAUCUCCGGUGUGACGUUAAUUCUCAGCUCAACUGAUCACAAGUAAUGACUAGCUUCACUAGCCGAUCGCAGACCUGGAAGCACGCAAAAGCAACGAUCAACUAGAGGCAAUAGUCCCAUCUGAAGAGGGUGGAGAAAAGAAUCACAUUGAUUAGUAUGGAAGAAAUGGACAAUUUCUACUCCGUAAUGUACAUAAAAGACCCCUGCUUCAAGUUAGAGCAACUUUUCACUUUCAGAUCAGCGAGUCUAUUCAACCCAUUGCAUCCCUACCUUUGUUUUUCGCUUUCUUCUUGCUGUUUAGUACUUACCCCUGCAGCACAACAACAACAAUGUUCAAAUACUCACUUGCAUGCCUGGCCCUCCUGGCAACCGGGUGUCUCUCAACCACAACCACUAGCAGGCCAGGUUAUUCACGGAAUAUCACCUCGACCGUUACCGACCCGUCGUUUAGUUUCGGGAAACAUUAUGCAGUGCUUAAUCUAGAUCUUAUCGAUGGGUUGGUAGCCAAUGUGAAUACUACCAGGUCCGGGCAGUUGUGGAUUGAUAAUGUCGCGAACUGGAUUGAUGCUGUGCACAAGCAGGACCCUCCCCCCUUGAGUAUCUUUACUCGCAUCUUCUUCUCCAACACCUACCGUCCUGAACUCGGCAACGCUCCCUUCGCCAGCGCGGUGACUAGCCUCGGCAACGCCACGGCUUCGAGUCCCGAUAGUCAGAUCUAUUCGGCAUUCAAGACCCUGGAUAACUAUGAUGUGGUGCUGCAGAAGGCGCGGUAUUAUGCUGGUGCGGGGAAUCAGCUGGAGGAGAUCCUCAGUUCUCAGAAGAUAGAUACUGUGAUUUUGUCCGGGAUCCGUACUUCGGGAGUAGUGCUUAGCACUGCGUUUCGUCUGUUGGAUAUGAACUAUAAUGUCUACGUUAUCUCGAACAAUACGAUCGAGACCCCUUCGUCAUAUGCUGCCCUGAAUCAGAAGGUUAUCUUAGAGGGCAUACUUCCCGAACUGCCGGUCAAUGUAAUCAGUAUCGAGCAGGCCAUUGGGGCUCUCAACCGCUCUGGACCAGCUGUGUAUUAGCUGGCAGGCCGGACAGUCUGAUGGAAACGAUGAUACAACGCCCAAACAUAUGGUUAUGAUGGACAGUGGUUACGGACUAUGAUCGAUCUAGUUAUGAUAGAUAAACUAUACUGAAUGGUAACCUUUGGAAGCACAUUAGUGGUUGGGAAAGUUUGUCCCCAGCGACAGCAAGGACAGAAGUCCCAACUGUAUGCGUCCGACCAGUGAACGCAAAUAAUUAUGCAUCUGGAAAGCGAGCAUGGGUGGCGCCUGCAUGCAAUAGCACAGGGAGCAGGUUGCCCUGGUGCCACACCGUGCAUGAAUCCCGGGUCUCGCAGGUCGGCGGCUGCAGCGCACAUACUUGAGACAUUGAGGGCGCCAACAAAUAUAAAUCUGCAUGGACC